GCUGCCGGCCCACCCUCCCAAGCGUUCCCCGCGCGGCCUCCUCCUUCUUUGAAAGACAUUUUGAUGCGCCAAUGAGAAGCCGGCAGGGAGAGGCCAGUGAUAGGUUACCGGCUGGGCUCUGGUGAGCGCUCGUGGGGCUAUAGCCGGUUGUAGGACCGCAGCUGUUGGUAGUGUGGUGCUGUGCUGAGUUGAGCGGAGUUGUGGGCGACAUGGUGGGCUCCAGUGAGGCUAGUAGCGAGUCCUGGAAGGGCCGGUACUACCGGCUGGAGGAGGUGCAGAAGCAUAAUAACAGCCAGAGCACCUGGUUUAUCGUGCACAACCGCAUCUACGAUGUCACCAAGUUCCUGGACGAGCACCCAGGUGGUGAAGAGGUCCUCAGGGAGCAAGCUGGAGGAGAUGCUACUGAGAACUUUGAAGAUGUUGGUCAUUCCAAAGAUGCAAGGGCACUGUCAGAAACUUUUAUUAUUGGAGAACUUCAUCCGGAUGACAGAGGAAAGCUUCAGAAACCAACAGAAACGCUUAUUACCACUGUACAGUCUACUUCCAGUCCAUGGUCCAACUGGGUGAUCCCAGCAAUAGCAGCACUCAUCGUGGCCCUGAUGUAUCGUUCCUACAUGUCAGAGUAAGUGCCUUACUGAACUAAUGCAAGAGGAGGCUGAUCUGGGAGAGAACAUAAGCAAUCCUGACCCAAAAGCCUGAUGUCUGAAGAAAAGUUCAGCUUUUCUGGAAAAAAAAAAAAAAGUUGAAUAAUUCUCUUAGGCUGUGCACUUUUCUUAAUGUUGCCUUCUUAUUUGCUGUUGUGAAGUAAUAAAGAGGUAGCAUUUCUGUUUGUAUAACAAUUUUACUCGAAUUAUUUGAUAACUGUAUUGGUUUCUGUGUUAGAAUAUUGGUUUGUAUGUAACACUGAUCCUGGUUAUUUCUCUUUAAUCUGUAAUGGGAUCCAUAGGAUUCGCUUUACAUAUACAUUUUACAGCUUUAAAUGACUACCAAAACUGUGUACAUGUAUUUGUCCAUGUAUACAACUUUACUUAAAAUCAUAUUGUCUCCUUAAAUGUAGUACAUUUGAAUUAAAUGCUAAUUAAAUAUAAUGGAAAAAGCUUAGUGGAGUAGUAGUUUAUAGGUGCCUCUAAGUGCUUGGGCUCUACCAGUCGCACUAUAAUGAGCUGAUUUUUAUUUUACUCUUUUUCUCUUGACAUCUGCUUUGGCAGUUGUUGAAGAUACUCCUACAAGCAAACUGUUCUGUUUGGCUCCUAUUGAAAAAUUCAGGUGAAACAUGAAACCCAAUGUUUGGCCCAGCUAUGUCUGUCUCAGUUUUGUGAAAAGUAGAUUAUCUUUUUUUUUUCCUGAUACUAAAUACUGUUCUUGCCAAGCACUCAGGUGACUCUAGAAUUUGUUCUGGAACUUUCAGACUUUUAUAAAAUCUUCAUCUUUGCCAUGUACAUUGUGAGAGGAAAAACUAAUACAUGGAAUGUGGUUCUGACUGUUCUUUACUAUAAGGUGGUGACUAUUUUUGCUGGUAAAUACGACUAACUGAAAGUUUGCAUUUCAUGGGGAACAUUUUUCGCAAUGUAAAUGAUC